AUGGAGUCCGGAAGGUCGAAAGGUGAUGUUCCGGCGCCGAAAAGUGGCCGCUGGUUCAAUCCACAGCUGUUGCAACUGAAGGUGACGCUGUUCCUGCUGUUUGGAGCCACCAGUGCCCUCAUCCCGUACCUCACGAUUCACAUGCAGAGCAUCGGGCUGACGGUGGAAGAGGUUGCCUCCGUGUACCUGACGCUGCUGUUCACCUCCUGCCUCAGUCCACCGCUGACCGGGUUUCUGAUUGAUCGCUUCGGGCGCUACAAACCCGUGCUGCUGUCGAGCAUCGUGCUGAACCUGGUGGCGCAUCACUGCAUCCACUUCAUCCCACCGAGGGCGGACACCGUCCGGCAGCACACGUACAGCGUCGAGGUGUCGGAGAGGGGUCCAUUUAUGCACAUCGAGGUAGGUGUUUGCGUUGGCUGCGCGAGUGUGUCAUCGAGUGAUGAAGUAUAUCUCUUCCCCGUCGCUAGAGCAACUUGGGCCGCUAAUUACCCCGCCUACCUGUACGCCGCCAAUGGAACGAGCGAGCCGAGCUGUGGCCCUUACAACGUGAGCAAGUGCGUGCUGCAGUCCACAGACAUCACCAUAGUGACAGAGCUGAUCCCGUCUGGAAGCGAGUACGAUCGGACCUUCUGGAUGUAUCUAGUGGUGCGCUUCGUGGCAACAUCGAUGCUGGCCUCGACACUUACCAUCACCGAUCCGAUCGCACUCGACAUGAUCGAGCAGCACGGUGGAGACUUUGGCCGGGAGAAGCUGUUUUCCAGCGUGGGUAUGGCCAUCUUCACGCCGCUGACCGGUUUGAUGAUCGACGUGAUGUCGCGCGGGAAAACAGUCACCGUCUACACGCCGGCGUUUUACACCUACGACGCACUGUUGCUGUGCUCGCUGGUUUCCGUCUGGCUGAUGCCGAUCGGACGCAAGACACCGUCGGAGAACGUGCUGCGGGAUCUGGGAAAGCUGCUACGACUGCCGCACGUGCUGGCCUUCCUGGCGUUCCUGUUUCUGCUCGGCAACUUCUGGGGCUUCAUCGAGAGCUACCUGUUCGUGAUCAUGACCGCGAUGGGCUCGCCGAACUACCUGCUCGGACUGACGUACACCGUCGGGACGGUCGCCAGCAUUCCGAUGAUGGCCCUGCUGAAUCGGAUCACGCACCGCGUCGGUCACGUCAACCUGCUGGUGGUGGCGUUCUUCGCCCAUGCCCUGCGAAUUCUUGGCUACUCGUGGAUCUCGAACCCGUUCUGGUGCUUCCCGAUCGAGCUGAACGAGGCCAUCUCGUGCUACUUCAUGUGGGUUGUCGCCACGACGUACUGUGCCGUCCUGGCGCCGACCAGCAUGGUGGCCACCCUCAUCGGUGUCGCCGGCAUGGUGCACUUCUGCCUCGGCAAGGGCAUCGGUUCGUUCAUCGGAGGGUUUUUGAUAGCCCGCGUCGGGCUUAAGCUUGCCUUCCGGUACGUUGGCUAUACGGCCGCCUGCUGCGGUGUCCUCUACAAGCUCGUGCACCUACUCUGGCUGCACAAGUACGACCGCGAGCGACCAACCAAGGCCGUUGUGGAGCUGGUCCGGCGUCGCGCAUCGAUAGUUCCCAAGGUGGACCAAUUCGGCAGCGCGAUUUCGUUCACCCAACCGAAACCAACGCACGGCGAUCCGGAGGACGUCCCGGAGGAGCAGCUACCACUGGAGAAGGGAUAAA